CCCUCAAAUUUUCAGUAAUUAUCCAUUAGCUAAUAGCUGCCUUCUUUUUCAGUUAUCAUGGGAAUGGCAGAUAUUCAUUCCAAUCGUUCCUUCUCUGUUGCAAUUUUUUCUAUCUUUCUCAUCUUCUACGUAAGCAAAGUGGCUGUAGCCGGGAAAUUAUUUCCUGCUCUAGGGUUGGAUCCCGUACAACUGGGUUUAAGAAAGGAAAAAUUUAAUCAUUUUCGUGUAUAUUGGCACGAUAACGCUGGCGUCUCGAAUCCGACAACAAUCCAAGUAGCAGGUGCAAAUUCGACACAAGAUUCAAUAACUGGGUUUGGUGCUAUUUUGGUGUUCGACGAUGCUCUAACAGAAGGAUCAGAUCCAAGUUCCAAACGUCUUGGUCGAGCUCAAGGAACGUAUACCUUCGCUGGCAUUGAUGAACCUGUGGUACUUGUGAACGCCAAUAUUGUUUUUACAACUGGGAAAUAUAAUGGCAGCACUUUAGGUAUAAUGGGGAGGAACAUGUUGGUACCAGAAGUUAGAGAACUGAUUAUUAUCGGUGGUACUGGACUUCUUCGAUUCGCACGUGGUUAUGUUGAAGCUCGGACUCAUCUUCUUAAUAUUAUAGCUCGACAAGUUAUUGUUGAGUACAACUUGUAUGUUUAUCAUUAUUGAUGAUCAACUUAGUUGGUCUAUCAAUGUUGUUUCGUUUAGAAAUAUCAACUUUGAGGAUUUUGUUUUUGAAUGGGCGAGUUUAUUUAGAGAGUAAUGUUGUUGUAAACUCUCUAAGACUCUUUGCUCAUCUUUUCUUGUAUCUUUUGAGUGUACUAUCUUAGCACCCUUUCUUAUUUAUUUUAAAGUUUACCUUUUUCAAAAAAAAAAAAAAAGUCUUGCUUCUCCUUCUGUUAUGCUAGUUCACUUCCUUAUAUCUAUCAUGUAAGGAUAUGAACUCUAUCUGUCCUCUUGUCUCGGUGUUCUUUAUUUUGUUUAUUUUUUAGAUAAAUGUAU